UCAGAGAGGACAGACAACAGAACCCUGUUGAAGACAGUCUGAGAACAAGACAUCUAAACGAACACCACCGAACGAGGAGUCGAAGACCAAAUACACAGAAGACGAUCAAUAACCUUAAAAAUACACAUCAACUGCGUCAGAAAUUCGAAGACAACUUCACGAAGGCAUGUGAACUAGGACAGAGGACAGCUUUAUCAACUGGUAAAACCAGUAGAUAUUGAUGAAAAUGUAACCUGAUCACAACUGGAAUAGGAGUGUGAUGUUCAAAGCGUAGAAGAAAUGCUCAGAACGAAACCACAACUACAUGCCUUGGGUAUCUUUUCCAAACACCGAGAACAACACCUGUAAUGCCCAAAACAUUAGUGCUCUAGGAAGGCUGUACUAUUAGAAUUUCUAACCGCGGCUGAAACACAGAUCAUAAACCGGAGAGAAGCGAGCUACUUCCCUCCCAGGCACCUAUAGACCAACCAAAUCAUAAAUGAUCUUUCCCUGACAAACCAACAACGCAUGAGGAGUCUACAGAGCGAGAGGAGUGGACACCACGUUUCCAAAAAAAUCUCCUAAGAAGCCAAAUCUAAAUGUAAAUGAUUUUCAACUGAAAACCCAGCACCACGAUCAGCCAACACUGUGGGUCAAUGAGGCGCCAUCCAGCUUGUAUCUAAAAAAGAGAAAAUGUCCACACCAAUGGUCCAACCAGCCUGGCACAGAGGGAGGUGGGCACGGCGGAGCACUGCACUCUCUCCUCCACUUCUCCUGCUCCUCUCCAGUCUGCAGGUGGUGGGUUCUGUGCUCGAAGAGCUUGUCCUUAAACGGAAUGAAUACUCUGAGAACUGCACCAGGUUUUUGGCAGAAAACACAUUCACUGGAACUGGAAUCUAUUGUAAUGGGACAUUUGACACAUUUGUGUGUUGGCCCCACUCAGCCCCAGGCAACGUGUCAGUGCCUUGUCCCUCCUACCUGCCCUGGAUCACAAAGAAUGAUUCCAAGAGCGUAUACAGAGAAUGUCUGGCCAAUGGGAGCUGGCGACGCCAAAAUAAUUUUACUGAAGUCUGGCGAGACGAAACAGAAUGUGUUGACCCACAUUAUUUUAAAGCAGAGGAAGAGAAGGUGUUUCGUCAAGCAGCACUGAGGGUAAUCUCCAUCAUCGGCUACUCUGUGUCCCUCUUCUCCCUCUUUCUGGCCACUCUGUUAAUGGGUAUACUCAGGAAGCUCCACUGUACGAGGAACUAUAUCCACAUGAAUCUGUUUGUGUCCUUCAUGUUAAGAGCCAUGGCUGUCUUCAUGAAGGAGAUUGUCUUAUAUGUUAUGUAUACCAAGCCACCCAGCGACGAUCCAGGGUGGAACUCAUAUGCGUACUUCAACUCUGUGAUCGCAGUGUUGUGUAAAGCCUCCCGGGUUUCCAUGGAGUAUUUUGUAGUGUGUAACUACUUCUGGCUAUUGGUUGAAGCAAUCUUCCUUCACACCUUACUCUUCACAGCCGUGGUCACCAACAAACGUUUGCUCAAAAGAUACAUGCUCGUUGGCUGGGGUACUCCCUUGGUGUUUGUGGUGCCAUGGACAGUUACCAAAGUUUUCUAUGAAAAUAAAGGGUGCUGGGACCAUAGGAAUACAUGGAUCUGGUGGAUAAUAAGAGGACCCAUCUCUUUAUCUGUCUUGGUGAUUUUCUGCAUAUUCGUCAAAAUACUAAUGCUGCUACUCUCAAAGUUAAAAGCAGACCAAGAGAGAUUCACAGACUACAGAUACAGCUUGGCGAAGGCUACGCUAGUCCUGAUUCCUCUACUGGGAAUUCAUGAGGUGGUUUUCACUUUCCUGGUAGAUGAGUGUAUGGAAGGAAGCAGCCGCUAUGCCAGAAACUUCAUCAACCUCACCCUCAGCUCUUUCCAGGGAUUCAUGGUUUCUGUAUUGUACUGCUUCACCAAUGGAGAGGUCCAGGUAGAGCUAAAGAAGCGCUGGCAGCUCUUUCAGUUCAGCAACCACUUCCAGGUCACACCCUGCAUCGACUUCAAGGGCGUUCCCCUGAAACACUUGUGGAAGUGCUCCAGAGGCCGACGCCCCCACAGCUCUCAGCACAGCGUGUCAGAUGAGGAGGGGGUUGGGCCUCCUACACACACACACAUGCUGCAGGUGGUCUUGCAGCGGGAAGGAGGAGGAGAGGGAGACGGAGGAGAGCUAGCAGGGUGGAGGGAGAGAGGGAGAGAUAUGGGAGGUGUGGAGUUCCAUACCAGGAAAAGCCUAUCAAGUAGCGAUGGAGACAUGACUCUGGGAGAGACCAUGGAGGAAAUACUGGAGGAGAGCGAGUUCUGACCUCCCACCUUGUGGAGCCUCCUUCGUCUCCUCUGACUGUUAUGAAGAUAGAACGCCUUGUUUCUGAACAGAUGGGAGUCAUUCCUAUACAAUAAGUGAAUGGGUCAUAUCUGGCGUACAACAACUAGAUUGUUGUUGUUGGUGUAGUAUCUUUGUUGUUGUACAAGACUCUUCAUAUGGUAUCGCUGUGUAUCACUGAGUAUAAGUAUAGGCCAGUAAUGUUACACUUAACAUUAUAAAUAUAAUUUUAAUGUAGAAUGAAGGGACAUGGAUAAACCAGACCAGAUGGAGAAAACACAUUACAGUAGUAACAACAUACAGUGAACAUGGAAAGUGCAGACUCAGCUUUAAUGUUAAGUAUUUUGUUAGGUUAACAGAAUGUACAAUAAAGUAAUCUUGUUUACAAACUGUUCAUAUAUUAUUUGCAUGCAAUUAUACUCCCCAUUACAUAGAUCAAAAACAGUAGUUAAGAACAAUGUUAAUGACAGUUUUGUCUGAAAUAUUGAUAGCUUACAUACUUGAGUUGUACAGUGUGAAGGAUAUGUGUUGCAGUCAUUCCCAUGACGUGGGUAUUACACAUUGCCCUCCAGAAUGAUUAGAUCCCUCGGUAAAGAUUGUUAAAAAAUGCUAUGAAAUGUAAUUGUUGUUUAUCAACUUGAUCCAACACUUACAAUAUCAGAGAAAUCUAACCUUAAUUUUAAAUUGUU